AUGUCUCUGUUCACCACUGUCUGGCUUUUCAUUAGUCUCAUCCUUCCCCUGGUGCCGUCUGAGGUGAAGGCACUAACCACCAGUGUUCCUCGGAAGAUUAUUCCCUACCAGAAUGAUUUGAAGACAUUUCAAGAGAAUAAUGUCUUCAACUAUACAACCAUACUGCUGAGAGAAGACCUGGGUUUACUGUUCCUUGGUGCUCGUGAAGCUGUUUAUGCCCUUGAUAUGAGCAAUGUAUCACAACUAAAGGCAGUGGUGUACUGGAAGGUUUCUUCAACGCAACAAACAAAGUGCACCAAUAAAGGAAAGAAUGCUGAGAUUGAGUGCAGGAACUAUGUCAAGACACUGGAAAGAUUGGAUGAUGGCAGAAUGUUUGUCUGUGGGACAAAUGCAUUUUACCCAAUUUGUGAUAACAUGACUUUUGUCGAUGGUCAUCUGGAAUUGGAAGGGCAGUGGCAGGAGGGAAGAGGGAGAAUCCCUUACAAUCCCUUUGAAAGACAUUCCUCUGUCAUGCUAGGGCCCGAUUUGUAUUCUGCAUCCCCCACCAACUUUUUGGGAAGUGAGACUGUUUUCCAACGCUUCUCUUCCAACCCACUGAGGACCGAAUUGAGGAACACCUGGCUGAACGAACCAAAAAUGGUACAAAUGCUGGUUGUCCCAGAGAGUGUCAAAAACGCUGAGGGCGACGAUGACAAAAUCUAUCUCUUUUUCACCGAGGAGGCCAUAGAUAUAGACUUCCCUGGCAAAGUGAGAGUAUCACGGGUAGCAAGAGUCUGCAAGGGGGACACGGGUGGUCAGCGGACCUUACAGGGGAAAUGGACAAGUUUCCUGAAGGCUCGUCUGGACUGUCCUCUGCCUUCUGGGUCCAGUCUGCCUGCCAUAGUCCAGGACGUCUUCCUCCUUCGAGACAAGAACUGGAGGAAGAGCAUCUUUUACGCAGUCUUCACUCCACAAUCGGCCUUCUCAGAAGUAUCCUCAGUGUGUGCCUUCAGUGUUUCUGACGUUGGACUCGUGUUCAGCCAAGGUGGUUACUGGACUCCAAAAGAUGGGCAGGGAGGGCCCAGCGAGGAGGAGCCUGUCCCCAGACCUGGAGCGUGUAUCAACAAUGUGGCGAGGGACAUGGGAAUAGAGAGCUCCCAGACGCUCCCAGACAGCACAUUACUAUUUGCACAAGACCGACCUCUCAUGGUGGAUCCAAUACCACUGCUAACAUCAGGUCCACUGGUUCUGAAAAGAGGGGCUACGUUUUCUAAGAUUGUAGUGGACAUUGUAGAAGCUGUGGAUGGAAGGUUGCACAAUGUGAUGUUCAUUGGAACAGAUGACGGAAAAAUCCUUAAAGCGGUGAAUUAUGCAGGUGACCCAGUCAUUGUGAAGGAGGUCCAGGUGUUCCAGACUCCAGAACCUGUCAAAGUUCUGCGCCUGUCUUCCAACACAGGACAGUUAUUCGCUGGCUCAGAUUCUGGAGUAGUUCAGAUGCCUCUGAGAGACUGCGGCCGCUACGAUUCCUGCGUUGACUGUGUCCUGGCAAGAGAUCCCUACUGUGGGUGGGACACAAGCACGGCGAGCUGCUCUCCUGUGCCUCUGGCCUACAGCAUGAACAUGAUUCAAAGUCUAGAGUCUGGUGAUGGCUCUAUGUGUCCUGUAUCAGUCUACUUGGGCCUCACCAACCACGCUUUCUCUUCAGGAGACAUAGUCUAUUUGCCAUGCCAGUCUGACUCCAACCUGGCACAAGUACACUGGCACUUCUCUGGGAAACCUCUCCAGUUAAGUGCCAAGCACCUUGUCCACAACAGUGGGAUUUAUAUCCUGGAUGCCACCAAGGCUAAUGCUGGGAUCUACACUUGUGAGGCUGUAGAGGAGGUGAAAGGACGUCUAUACCGCCGGACCUUGGCAGCCUACCAGCUGCAGACCAAGGUGUCCCUUUCCCUCAUCUACCAGGUGGCAGUGGUGGCACUGUCGGUGGUUCUGUUAGUUUUGGGCAUCCAGAGAUUCAGCAGGCCUGGACGAAGGGCCCUGGCCCGCCCAGCUGAGCCUGGUGAAAACCCAGAUGUGGCACUCACAGUGCAGGGUCCUCUCCCCUACCAUGGUGAGCCAGGCGUGGACCUUGACCUGCUGUGCUGGGGCAGUGGAGAGCUGGGCCAGACCGGACGGAACGUGCAGGGGUACGUCGGCCCAGAGGAGGCCCAGCUGAGAGGCUUCACCCUGGGGAAGCUUGGCAGGGUGAAACUGCUGGCCUGUGGAUCCAGUCACUCCAUUGUGGUCACAGUUGACGACAGGAUCUUUGCUUGGGGUAAUGGAACCAGUGGACAGCUUGGGGACGGGGAGAAAGCAGUGAAGACCCAGCCAGUAGAAGUCCUGUUGCAGAGUCAGGGGAAAGGCCGGACCUGCAGUGGGGGUGUGUCUGGCGUGAUGGGAGUGGCCAGUGGGGGUGUGUCUGGCGUGAUGGGCGUGGCCUGUGGGGGAAGACACUCCUUUGUGUGGACGGAGGAAGGACAGGCCUACAGCUUUGGGAACAACUUCUACGCCCAGCUUGGCUAUGAUUUUAGGAAGGUGGACUUCAAAGAACAUCAGCUGGCGCCACGUUUGUUCCAGAAUCUUCCGGCAUCUCGGAAAAUAUGUCAGGUGGCCUGCGGUGAGCGGCACAGUCUCUUUGCCCUGGAGGACGGGAGUGUGGCAGCCUGUGGGGUGAAUGACUAUGGACAGAUUGGCAGUGGCUUCCCUGAAAACGCGGCGGUGCCCCGCAUGGUUGAGGGUCUGGAAAACGUGUUAGAUAUCACCUGUGGGGCCAACCAUAAUCUUGCACUGACAGCUGAUGGGAUCCUAUUCCAGUGGGGGUGUGGACGUGCUUGUGGGAAUCUCAGGAGGAACAUCCUGUCUCCGGAGGAAGUGAUGUCGCCGGGAUCCGCCGUGAGGGCCAUGGCAGGGGGAUACUGGCACAGUGUACUACUAACAGAUAAUGGGAGGCAGUCUGAAGUGUGGUGCGGAGCUGGAGAUCGUUCUCGGGGCUGGAUGUCUGGGGCAGAUCUUGACGUCAUGUGCCCCAGCUAGUGAGGCCUGCUUUGGGCCUGCCGUGGGAAGAACCUCCCCCGGGUCUGGAGCUGUCUCACACACAUGGAGGAGGGUGACAUUAUAUCUACUAAAACAUCCCUUAAUUUUUCCUGUUGUCAAGUUGAGUUCGGCUUUGACAAUAAGUAGUGUAAGGAAGAAUGUGUGUCUGUGUGCAUGUGUGUAUCUU